AUGGUUUUUGGCUUUGAAUAUGCAUGUGAAGCGAGUCCCUGGUCGCGUUGCUCGGCGCGUGAGCGAGUGCUAUGUGCUAUGUGCCGUGUGCUGCGUGCGCAGGGCGAGGUGCACCUGCGCGCCGAGGGCGAGCUGCGCCUGCCCGAGCACACGACGGCGCUGCGCGUGGAGGGCUGCGCGCGCGUCGAGGUGCACGAGCGGGCCGUGCACGCGCUGCGCCACCUGCGCUCCAGCGGCGGGGGCGGCGGCGGCGGGUCGGCGUCGCGGGGCGGGGGCGGGCACCCGGACGUGGCGUCGGCGCCGUACGGCUCGUCGCACGGCCAUGCGCUGCCGCCGUCGCCGGGGCUGCUGGAGGCCGAGGCCGGCCCCAGCGUGGUGGUGGAGGGCGCGCGGCUGCCGGGGGGCGUGCCCAGCUACGCCUUCCGCGGGCGCCUGGCGCGCGUCGCCCUGCGCCGCUGCGCCAUCCAGGGCAGCGUGGCCGCCUUCGCCUUCGCCAGCCUCGCCGCCACGCACCUGCUCGAGAUGGCGGACUGCACCAUCGCCGCCGUCGAGGGGCAGGCCUUCAAGCGCUUCGCGGUGGAGCGGCUGGUGCUGUCGGGGCUGGCGCUGGAGACGCCGCUGCCGUCGCGCGCGCUGGCCGACGUGCGCGUGCGCGGCGAGCUGGUGGUGGAGCGCGUGUCGGCGCC